CGGUGUCCCCCCGCGUGUCCCGGCGCUGUCCCAGCCCUUUGUGGCCGCGGAUUGUUCUGGCUUUGCCGGGCUCAGCAGCGCCGGGGCCCCCCCGUGCUGAGCCAGGGCUUCGCCCGCUGACUCACCCCACGUGCGGGGCCGGUGCUGAGCCGGCAGAGCCACGGCCCGGGGGGGGGGGGGGCACCGGGGCUGGCCCCCCCCACCCCCGGACCCCUCCCACUGCCCCCACGGGGACCGGCACGGUGGGGUCAGCCCCGGCGGCCCCGAGCUCGUCCCGGGUGUGUGACCCCCCCCCCCAGGACAGCCCUGUCCCCCCUGGUUUUGUGGCAGGUGUGUGACCCCCCCCCGGGUCACCCCUGUCCCCCAGCUCAGGUCGUGGCAGGUGUAUGACACUCCCUGGGACACCCCUGUCCCCCAGUUUGUGUCAGGUGUGUGACCCCCCCCCCCCCCCCCGCCGGGGACAGCCCUGUGCCCCCCAGUUUGUGUCAAUUGUGUGACCCCCCCGGGGUCAGCCCUGUCCCCAGUUCUUGUCCCAGGUGUGUGACCCAUCCUGGUCCCCCUGCCAGGGACAGCCCUGUCCCCAUCUCAGUCCACGUGUGUCACCCCUCCUGUUGCCCCACCAGGGACCCUGUCCCCACUCUUGUCCCACAUGUGUGACAUUGCCACCCCCCCCACCCCCCCAGGGCACGGCCCCGUGUCCUGUGCUCAUCCCAGGUGUGUCACCCUGUCCCCUGUGACCCCCUCAGUCCCCCCAGGACCCUGUCCCCAUGCUCAUCCCAGGUGUGUCACCCUGUCCCCUGUGACCCCCUCAGUCCCCCCAGGACCCUGUCCCCAUGCUCAUCCCAGGUGUGUCACCCUGUCCCCUGUGACCCCCUCAGUCCCCCCAGGACCCUGUCCCCAUGCUCAUCCCAAGUGUGUCACCCUGUCCCCCGUGACCCCCUCAGCCCCUCCCUGAGGGUCCCUGUGCUCAUCCCAGGUGUUCAACCCCCCCAGGGACAGCCCUGUCCCCACUCUCACCACAGAUGUGUGACCCCCCCCCCCCCAUCCCCCCCAGCCUUUCAUCCCAGCCUUUCAUCUCUGGUUGUCCUGGCAACAUCCCAAAGGGUCCCGGGGGUUGCCAUGGCACCCAGGGAUGCUCCAAGCCAAGGACCCCUGCAGCCCCCUCCCAAAGUCCUGCCCCACCCUCAGCACCUCAGGGCUGCCCUGUGCCAAGGGGGUGGCAGUGCUGGGGGGUGGCAGGAAAGCGAGGGGGUGACAGGGACAGGGGUGGCAGUGCCAGGGGGCAGGAGGUGCCCCCGCCCCGGGUGUGCUCUGCGCUCCCCUCUCCCACAGCUGCACCAUGGCCAUCAGGGAGGAGCUGCACAGCGGCCGCUUCUGGCGCUGAGCGCCCUGCGUGGGGCCGCGGGGGUCCUGGCCCAGUGCACGGGGGCCACGCUGGCCUCUGCUGCUGCCCGUGCAGCGCUGCCGGACGACACCGGCCUCGUCACCACGGUGAGCGCGGUGGGGACAGCGGGGACAGCGCUGGCCUGGGAGACCUUCGCCACCUUCCAGCUGGCACUGGCCGCCUUCGCCGCCGCUGAGCACGCAGCCCCGCAGGCCGGGCUGGCCCUGGGCAGCGCCGUGGCCGCCGGUGCCCUGGCCGCAGGGCCGUUCUCGGGGGGCAGCAUGAACCCCGCGCGCUCGCUGGGGCCGGCCAUCGUCACCGGUGUCUGGGAUCAUCACUGGGUGUACUGGCUGGGGCCGGUGCUGGGCGCGGUGCUGGCCGGGCUCUCCUACGAGUUCAUCCUGGCUCCCGGAGCCUCCCGGGAGAAGCUGGGUGCCUGCCUCGCCUGCCGGGACGUGGCUCUGGUGGAGACCCCCAGCCUGUCCCCCUCCUCGGUGGCCCACGGCCCCCCGGCCCCCCCGGCCGAGCAGCGGGAGCAGGGCACUGCCUGAGCCCCCCCGCUCCACCGCAGCCCCCCGAUCCUCCACACCCUGGCACCGGAUCCUCGCCGCCGCCAGAACCUUCGUGGGGCACCCACAGGAUGGGGGCCUCCGUGCCCCCUCCCCUUUUACUGUCCUCUCCCCCGUGCGGGGAUUAAAGGUGUGUUGGGGUCGCA